GUGCUGAUUCCUUGACUUAAAUUCGAUGAUGAAUCACCCGGAGAUCUCGGGCAUUCUCUGUGAGCAAGACAGGGACUUGCUGAGCUACCUGAAUGAUUUGCAGGUGCAAGAAUUCAGCUUCCCCAAAGACCACUGCCGUAUAGAAUUGUCCUUCAGGAGGAACCCCUAUUUCAGGAAUGAAGUACUGGUUAAAGUGUAUGACCAGACCAGCAUGGGAUACAAGGCUUGUCAAUCUCCUGCUAUCCAGUGGCUGAGGGAGCAUGAAGGAGAACGUGGCAGCUGCAGGGUGGACUUGCGUGGGCACUGUUUCUCUGACUGGCUGUUGGGACCCAGUGUUCCUUGUUCCUGCAAGAUUGCCAGGAUCAUCUGUGAGGACCUGUGGCUUAACCCACUGCACUACUACCCUGCACAAGUUGGCAUGUGUUCCAGGAACAGAGGCCGAGACAGGUGAGCAGGUCUCAAAUUCACACUGUGCUAAACAUGUGAGUCUGACUGAAGGUGGACAAGACUUUUCAUGCCUGACUGUUUCUGCCAAGUCUGUGGAAAUAUGCUCCCAAGCUUCCUAGGCUGCCCAUGUCCCCAUGGCAGGCA